CACAUGAGCACUCAACGUGCCAAAAGGGAUGGCAAGACACCCGAGAGAGGGCAGAAGGCUUCCCGCGACCGUUGGCUUGCUCUGUCGACGUGGCGAGGCAAGGAACCUCACUGCGCCUACCAAGUCGUGGACAGCCUCUCCAAGAGCGAUUGUGACACCGCCGAGCAUCUAUACCACAUCGAAGAGCCAUGUCUUUGCUCUUCCUGGCUAGCGACGGCUCCGUACCAAGGUCUAACGGUCUUGGCCUUUACGUACUGGCAUCCACAGCACUCCGUAGUCGAUGACGACGUACCCACGAAACUUAGAAACACCUCGAUGGCCAUACAGUUCUCGGAAUCGAUUGCAAACAUGCACGACAAAUUCUCGGGCUCCGAGGCCCCAAACAAGGUGCGGAUGAUGGUCUUCGAGACAGACGAACCGCACCCCGAGACCAUUGAAGAGAAGGGAACCUUUGGAGACGUCUUUGAUAGGCUGUUCAAGACUGCUGGCGAUAAUCAUGACCCUCCACUUGGAAUCGAGACGGCCAUGAAGUUCGUCGUAGAGCCCAAGGGUGGAAAAGUGCCUACGGUGGAAGAACUGAAAGACGUUCAUGCUAUUCUGAUUACAGGAAGCAUGUACGAUGCUCACGGCGAUGACGAGUGGAUUCUCAAGCUUAUAAAGCUGUUGCAAGGAACCNNAGAUUUAUGGCAACACCGUCCCGAUAUACGUUUAUCCGGAGUAUGUUUUGGUCACCAAAUUUUAUCGAGAAUGCUCGGCGCGAAGGUCGACACUGUUCCUGGUGGUGACUGGGAGCUCUCACAUACCCACAUCAAACUCACCGAUAUCGGCAAGCAGCUUUUCAGGACAAAGAACGAGACAUUACGACUACACCAGAUGCAUCAGGAUCACGUCGUCGAGCCGCCGUCAUCCAAGACUACAGACUUGCUCAAGGACGACCAAAAAGUCCACAUUUGGGGAAGCUCGGAACACACAGCUGUGCAAGGUAUCUACAUCAAGGACCGCCUAUUUACUUCUCAAGGCCACCUCGGCUUCGAUGAGGAUAUGGUAAAGCGACAGAUCAAUCUGCGUGUCGAGAGCGGCAGUCUCAAAGACUUGAACCACGCCGAUGCUGCAAAGGAGACGGCUGAUAUGGAACACGACGGCGAGGUUGUCGCUGGAUCGAUCCUGCGUUUGUUCCAUGGCGAGGAUAACGAUAUUCCUUGA